GGCUGAUCCCGGCAGUAUGACAUCUUCGGGAGUCAAUCUUUUUCAUCUGCCUACAGAAACAACCACCAAUAACGAAGUCAAAUUUUCACCUUCGACUGGAGAUGGAUCGGAAGAUGAAGAUUACUCUGCAAGUCUCAGUGCAGUUCUGCGGCAACGCAGAGCAAGUGUAAGACGGUCACGUAAGGGGCGAGCCCGGCGCUCAUCAUCACCAUUCCUACCCGAUGAGACACGAUCAAGGCGGCGUUCAUCGGUAUUCACUACUAGUUCUGGCGAUACCGCUAUAUCAAUUGAUGAUCAACCAGUAGUGACACAAGAACAAAUAUUCGAAAAUAUCCACUUGCAUAAAGAAGUCCUCGGAUCCGUAAAACAACAACCCCUAGGAAUGAGAAGAAAAUUAAAAAUCGUCCACCAGGCAAAAGGAUACAUUAAACGCCACGAAGGACAAUUACAGGAGAGACUUGCGCAAUCAAAAAGCACGAGGGAUAUUUAUGCAAGAUUUAACAUCUUGUUGGCAACAAAAUGGCAACAGCUGAAACGGGAAGCGGCAAACACAUCCAAUCUUCUUAUACCAUGGGAAUUACGAAUCAAAGAGAUCGAAUCACAUUUUGGCUCUGUAGUGGCUUCAUACUUCACCUUCUUAAGAUGGCUUUUUUGGGUCAAUCUAGUCAUAGGGUUCAUACUACUCGUUUUUGUAAUUAUACCUGAGUAUCUGACAGCAAACCCUGCCCAGGAUGGAGAAAGAAAAGUCAUAAUGGAGGAUGAUCGCCGAAACGCUACUAAUCUUUUGACGCUCUGGGAGUUUGAAGGAGUUCUUAAAUACUCACCUAUAUUUUACGGAUACUACAGUAAUGUCGAACGACCGGAGUAUAGAAUGCCCCUCGCAUACUUCUUAACUGGCUUGGUCGUUUAUAUUUAUAGUUUCGUAGCUAUCCUAAGGAAAAUGGCGGAGAAUUCACGGAUGUCUAAGCUUUCAGAAAAAGAAGACGAAUGUAUAUUUUCUUGGAAACUCUUCACAGGAUGGGAUUUUAUGAUUGGAAACACGGAGACUGCUCAUAACAGAAUAGCUUCUAUUAUUUUAGGAUUUAAAGAAGCCUUGUUGGAAGAAGCAGAAAAGAAAAAGAACCUAAGAAAUUGGCGUAUUAUUUCCCUGCGUGCUAUUGUGAAUAUCGGUGUGAUCAUUCUUCUUGCUGUAUCAGCUUAUGCGGUGGUAACCGUUGUGUCCCGUUCAGAUGAUAGUCCUAAAAUAAGAAGUUGGUGGCGUGAAAACGAGACAACCACAGUCGUUACAGUUAUAUCGAUAACAUUCCCAGUGUUUUUUGAGCUGCUGGGACUUUUGGAACAUUAUCAUCCAAGAAAACAACUAAGAUUACAACUCGCUAGAAUCAUGCUACUAAAUCUUUUGAAUCUAUAUUCGCUGAUAUUUGCUCUGUUUAGUAAAAUUGAAGGCAUGAGUAAAGAACUAGUUUCAUUGCAACCAAAUUUAGACAUGAACGUAACAAUAAUAACAGAGAGUACAUUAAAUGUGAGUGAACCUUUAGAUACCAGCUUACAUAGAUCAUGUUUUGAGACAACUGUUCCAUGCUUACCUUGUGACAUGCUAAAUGUUCCCGUAAAGAUAAACAAAAAAACAUUUUCAAUUAUAAGUAACGAAGGAAAAAGUACUGAUUACAAUUUAAAUACCAUUAGCCCCAAUAUUGCUAAAUUGAGAAGUAAAAUAAAUGUUAAAAAACGGAAUUUGCGUUACACUGCAAUCGCUGAAGAUUUAAUAGGAAAAAUAAACAAUUACGAUGCUAACGACGACGGAAAUACAGCAUUACUAAAAGAAAUUGAAAGGAUUCGAAAUUUGAGUAGAUUAUCUUCUUCAGAGGAUAAUAACGAAACUCUAGAAAUAGAUGAUAACGAGUCAUAUGAUUUUAAUUACGAUUUAAUUUCUUCAACGGAUUCGACUUCAUUAGCCGAAACGGACGUUGAUUAUGAAUAUAGUGUUUCCGAUACAGAUUCUCCAAAUUCUACACCAAUUUCUACCACAGAAACUUCUAGUGAUUUUUCGUCUGUUACGACAAGAUUAUAUGACACUGAAACCACAGAACAAAUAUUUUCACCUGAUAGUACAUUGAACGUAGAUUUGACUUCACUUUUAAUAUCAAGUACUAAUUCAUAUGAAACAGCCUACACUUAUCCAAAUAAAGUAACGACCUCAUAUGAUGCGAGUGACAAUACAGAGCCAAGUACAACGUACACAAUUGCAGAAGACACCUUUACAAAUGAAUUGAGCUCGUUGCCAUCUUCUAAGAGUACAAGCGAAAUAAGUUUAACAUAUUUGACAACUGAUGAAAUUGAUUCUUCUACAUCGACACCAAACACCUUAAGAAAUGUUAUUAUUUGUCCUGAUUUAUCAUUUAAUUGUUCGAUAAAUUGUGGUAAUAGAAAUAUAACGCAAAUUGUUUUCAUGUCAAAUUGUACUAUUGUAGACAUUAGAUGUUACGUUAAAAGGUGUAAUUUCGACACAAUCCAUACCAAAGGCUUAAAUAAAAAUCAACCUAAUAUUACUAUGGUCGAUCUAGUAUAUACAGACCAUUAUCAUAGAAAGAUGUAUAAUUUGACCAUCACUACCAAAAAAAAAUUACUUAAAUUGUGUUGGGAAACUAUGUUUGGCCAGGAACUAGUUAAAUUAACUAUGAUGGAUUUAGUGUUUGUUUUACUAGGCACGCUAUUUUUGGAUUUUUUUCGGGCGUUAUUUGUGAGAUAUAUGAAUAAAUGCUGGUGUUGGGAUCUUGAAAAAAAAUUUCCCGAAUAUGGUGACUUUAAAAUUGCUGAAAAUAUUUUACAUCUUAUUAAUAACCAAGGAAUGGUUUGGAUGGGCAUGUUUUUCUCACCUGGGCUCGUUGUCUUAAAUGUUUUCAAAUUGAUGAUAAUGAUGUAUCUCCGGUCAUGGGCAGUUAUGACUUGCAAUGUACCCCACGAAGUGGUUUUUAGAGUAUCUAAGAGUAAUAACUUUUAUUUGGCCCUUUUAUUGACCAUGCUAUUUUUAUGUGUCUUGCCCGUUGGCUACACAAUAGUUUGUGUAACGCCGUCUUGGCAUUGUGGUCCAUUUUCAGAAUAUGAAAAAAUUUAUAAAAUAUUGACAAGCAAUAUUUAUAAAAUUUUGCCGAAAAGUCUUCAUUUUACUCUGGAAUAUAUAGCGUCACCAGCAAUUGUGAUACCGUUGCUUGUUUUAUUGAUUCUAAUAAUUUACUAUUUAACAUCAUUAACCAACUCUCUGAGAGAAGCUAAUAACGAUUUAAAGAUUCAAUUGAGAAGAGAGCGUACCGAAGAAAGAAGGAAAAUGUUCCAAUUGGCAGACACAAGAAGACGUGCUGGAUCAUCAUCUAUUGAUAAUACACCUUUCGCGAGAUGGAAAAGAGCUCUACCAUCUCUUCCUUUAACAAAAUCUAUUGAUUCUGAUGACCGUAAACCAAUAGUCAAUGAUACUAAGGAAACAAUCAAAACGAUAAAAAAGAAAGGUGGAAUAUUUGCCAAGAUCGUCGGGUUAGCAAUAGAUAGAAAAACAAACGAAGAACCUUUACCCGAUGCCUCUGCGUGCAAAAAUAAUAUUGAUGAAGAAACAGAUACAGACUUUCACGAAACUUUACCUAAAGAAGUUUUAAAAAUAAAGGAUAUCACUUUUAUAAAAAAAACGGAAGUAAAAAAAAAAUCUAGCGUUGAAUUUAAAACUGAAGGUAACCUCAUAGUAAAUUUACAAGAACCAGAUAACUGCCCUGAAGCAAAAACAAUAGUUGACAGCGUCGAAGACAAUGGCGUAAUAGAAAAAAGAACUAAAAGAAAUCCUGAUAUAAAAGAUAUAAAAAACAAUGCUACAGAUGAUAAAUACGUACCAAAAAAACGAAAUUCAAAUGAUAAAUGUAUUCAAAAGAAACAAAGUUCUGAAUCCAGUAAUCUUUCAAAACAAACUGAUUCCAUUGGAUCAGUAAUACCAGUUAUUACGAUUAGUACAACAGAAAGUGAUGAUGAAGUACUACAAACAAUAAACAAAGAACAUGAAAAAGUGGAAAAUAAAAAUUCACGGAGCAAUUUAAGAAGAAAUAGAAAUUUCUCCGACUUAAAAUCUCUCCAAAGACAGAGCAGUGUUGACAGCAUAAAUGAAAAUAAAAAUCCUAAAGAAAAAAAAACAGAAGAGUCAGGCCACAAAUAUCAAUAUUCACUGUAA